GUUAUUAGCCUGUGCUGAUCACUUGGAAAAGUAUGUUUUUAAAUAUCUUCAUUUUUGUGAAUUUUCUUUUAGCUGUUAAACGAUUGAUGAAAGAAGCUGCAGAAUUGAAAGAUCCAACAGAUCAUUACCACGCCCAGCCUCUGGAGGAUAACUUAUUUGAAUGGCACUUCACAGUUAGAGGGCCCCCAGAUUCCGAUUUUGAUGGAGGAGUUUAUCAUGGACGAAUAGUGCUGCCACCAGAGUACCCCAUGAAACCACCAAGCAUUAUUCUGCUAACGGCUAAUGGACGUUUUGAAGUAGGCAAGAAGAUCUGCCUAAGCAUCUCAGGGCAUCAUCCUGAAACCUGGCAGCCUUCGUGGAGCAUAAGGACAGCAUUGCUGGCCAUCAUUGGAUUUAUGCCAACUAAAGGAGAGGGAGCCAUAGGUUCUCUAGAUUACACACCUGAGGAGAGAAGAGCACUUGCCAAAAAAUCACAAGAUUUCUGUUGUGAAGGCUGUGGCUCUGCCAUGAAGGAUGUCCUGUUGCCUUUAAAAUCUGGAAGUGAUUCAAGCCAGGCUGACCAAGAAGCCAAAGAACUGGCGAGACAAAUUAGUUUUAAGGCUGAAGUCAAUUCAUCUGGAAAGACUAUCGCCGAAUCAGACUUAAACCACUCUUUUUCACUAAAUGAUUCACAAGACGAUCUACCUACAACAUUCCAGGGUGCUACAGCUGGCACAUCGUAUGGAGCCCAGAAUCCAUCUGGAGCACCCUUGCCACAACCUACCCAACCGGCUCCUAAGAAUACCUCCAUGAGCCCUCGACAGCGCCGGGCCCAGCAGCAGAGUCAGAGAAGGUCCUCCCCUUCCCCAGAUGUGAUCCAAGGCCAGCCACCAAGAGCCAAUCAUACCGAGAACGGCGGGUCUGCCAUGCUCAUUGUCAUUCUCACUUUGGCAUUGGCAGCUCUUAUAUUCCGACGGAUAUAUCUGGCCAAUGAGUACAUAUUUGACUUUGAGUUAUAAUGCUGGUUUGUGGCUUAAGAGCUGAGACUCGGUUGCUUCAUUAAACAUUCUGCAUUGGGUAUAACCUAAGUAUUGUUUACAAAAAGAUUAUUUUAUAUUUACCCUUCAUUACUUUUUUAUCGUUAUAAAUUCAUUGUGCUAUAGGCAGACAUUCAGGCUGUGGUCCAACAGUUUGUCCUGCUUAGAUUAAGGGACUGGAAGCCAUAGUUCCUUGUCUUACUAUUUAAUCUACUUCACAAACAAGUAACUUAUUGUGGUUGCUCAGACCCAAGCUGCUUUUCCAUAGAUUUUCAAUGCUUUCCUAUGUAGUCCUUUGGAGUUUUCAGAUAAAAGGUGGCAUUUUCACACCGGAGUAUUACUGGUUACAGUAAGUAGUAUCACUUACUGUCUCUAGGUAUGUAGACUGAGAAGGGAUAAAGAAUGGCAGAGGAAGGGCAAAUUUUUUGCUCACCAGCUUCUUGACAAGUGUCAUUUAUAGGAGAGAGACUGGGAUUGUCCAUUCUGUAGUCUUUGUAUUCGAAACUUUGUUCAGUGACAAUAAUUUUAUUUCAGACAUUUAUGAAGAUCUUUGUUAUAUAUUUGUUUUGGGAUAUUACUUGAAGAGGAAAGACUUUGUAGCCACUUUGAUAUGCUGUUAUCACCUCCAGUGUGCACACAAAUGAAAAGAAAACAGGCCUUUAUAACCCUGUCUUACAGAAGAAAGGAUCCAUACCAAGAAAUAGGUUGAUUUUUCUUUCACAAGUCAGGUGAGGAGAUCAUAAAGUUUUAAUCUUUGCUCUACUUUCAUUUGUACAUGGUUUGGAUUAUAUGUUAUAUGCCCAGCUUUGUAAUCACUAUAGCUUUUAAUUAUUCUAGGAAUAUUCAUAAUCAAAUUUUAAUAGAAAAACUCAGGGCCCAAGUAACAGUGGUAGAGAGAUUAAAAACAAACUUUUAUUUAGAAUUGUUCACUAAUCAAAGCCCAAGAAAAAUUUCAAUGAAAAUUUUAUCUGUCCCUUAGUGCCAGCCAGUCCCCCAGAUGCUGACAUCUGAUUUUGUCAUCACAGUGCCUAGUGAGACCAUUUAAGGCAAUAUUAUAUUGCCUUUAGCAUGUUCCUUCAGCAACCUUGAGGGAACUCUUGAGGGCCCCGUAUUGCUGGUUUAACUGUAAAAUAUAGACAGUUCCCAGGUUUUUAAAUGUAUCAUGCUCUCAAAGCCCAUUUAUAAGCAGUUUUGUGGUUUUUUUGUUUUGUUUUGUUUUGUUUUUUAAGACAACUGAAUAUAAAUGGUUUUUGGUUUCUAGGUCAUUCCACAAAGGUUAGUUAGCUCAUAUGUAUUUUAAGUAUGUGUGAGAGGGUAGUUGUAAAGUCCAUAUGUGGUUUUAACUAAAUACUCUUAUGGGCAUGAUAGAACAGCUCACAAACUCAUUCUAAAGUGAGUUUAAUUUUCACUCCUAUUAUGUGAUUUGGGGUCUGUUAACCAUUGAACAUACUUUCCAUUUUUAUUUGGUAGCCAGUUUUUGUUGUUGUAUCAACACCUAAAAUUUAAAAAGGCACUAUAUGCUAUAAUAUAAUCUUAAAGUUUAAUAGAUUAGGAUUUUAUAGUUAUUCAGAUUGUUUAUGUCUAUGUAUGAAAUUGGUAAAGUCUAAAAAGCCCCAAGAACUUUGUGAUGACCUCAUGUCAGGAAGACUAUAGGUUAUCAUUUUUUUUAAUUUUGUUGCCAUGAAAAAAUAUAUUCUGAGGCCUUAGUUUAUAAUACUGGAUAUGAAAAACAUUAGUUCAGUGGUCUCCUAGAAAGAAGUCAGUAGGGUGACACUAUCACCCUGUGCUAAGAUGGGUCAUAUGCUAGAGCAGUCUUCCUCCCAGUCAGACUGGCAGCCUUUGGAGCUCUGUGAUCUUGCUGCAUCUUCCAUGGGCACCUGUGCUGAGCACUAGGUUAUUGUGUGAUCUCAUCCAUUCUCCCCUCACUGUCGCUAACUGGCUACCUCCUUAUGUGUGUUGGCAUUUUUUAGCAUCUGAUAGACACAUCAAAGUGGUAUAUUUUGCUUUUUCCCUCAUAUGCUAUGUAAAAAUUGUCUCCCCACCCACAGUUGGAGUCAAUGAGCUCACUGAAGGGCCUCUAUUGUUAAAGCCUCAGUUUAGCCCCUUAAUUCCAGCAUAAGACCCAAAUCAUGUAGAAGCUGGUAGGUAAAGUCUUAGGAUCUCCAUGUCUCCAGUUCUCAGAUUUCAAAACUCAAGGCUUCUUCACUGACCAGCAUAGCAUAUGGCUACACAUCAAGAUAGUUAAAAUAGCAUGCUUGAAAAAUUUGCCUGUUUUGCUUGUAGCGAUCUAAGCUCAUGAGCUUUCCAAAUCUUCUGUACGUGGGGGAUUUAUGUAGCACUUUACAUUUCCAUGCUGCUGAUUGUUUUAUUCUACUGAAAUAAAUGAUUUCAUCAAGCUUC